GAGCGAAGAAUGCUUCCUAAUUGCUUAUAAACCACAUGGAUUGAUUGAACUAUUACUAAUAGUACUAUCCUCUUAUUUGACUCUACAGCAUUAGUUACUACUUACUACGGUAAUCCCACUCACUCAACAAAAUGAACGUCAACGUAAUCAAAUUCAAGGAGGCUGAAGAAAUUAUGAAAUCGCAAGAACAUUCUCAGUUCGUGAAGAUAAAUAAACGCAAGCGGAUUAUUUUCCAUCCUUGCUUUUUAGGGAAUACUAGAAAAGGAAUCGAAGAGACUUUAAAAUCGGAAAGAAAUUUGGUUUCUGACGAGUUUGGUGGUGCGGUGAUUGCAUACAACAACAUAAAGAUACAAGACAGCCUGGGUCUAAUUGUGGAUCCCUACAUACACUUCGAUAUUGUAGCUGAUUUUAUUGUGUUCAAGCCGACAGUGGGUUCUACAAUGACAGGAAUGGUAGAUAGAGUAUUUAAAAAACACGUCAGUCUUCUGGUGUAUGGUAUCUUCAAUGUAUCCAUAUCAAAAUCUGAGUCCAACGAACAUCUUCUGACGAAGGGCAGUGAGGUGGAGUUUACAGUGGAGCGGAUCUAUGUAAACAACAGGAUUCUGUUCAUGCGUGGAGCUUUAUGGAGUGAUGUAGCAGCAGACCAUGGAAAAAAGAAGACAAAAAAGAAUCAAAGGAAAGUUUUCACUGAUGAAGAAGAAGAGAGUAUGGAGACCGAACAAAACUCGCAGAAAGGGGCCACAGACGAUGGAGUUGAUGAAAUCGGUGGUGAUGUGGAAAUGGCUGCUGAGGCGUCUCCAUCUGUAUGCAAGAAGUCUGAAAAGAAAAAAAAGAAGAAAUCAAAAAAGGAAAAAGUUUGACAGUUCAGUUGUUAAUUGAUGAUUCGCUGUGAUACAGACUACACAACAUCCCACUGCCGGUGUACAUACUGCUACCUGUCUGAAUGUCAUGAAGUCCGAGGGUACGCCGUGUUACACUGCCAACAGAAUGGGCAUUUGUGAAUCCAGUAAAACAAAGCUAUAGCAAAGUGCCAAGGACAGUUCAUUUUAAACAUAAUUCAUUAUAUCCGUGUAGAUUUUCUGUUUGUUUUAUUUUGUGAUAAGCUGUAAAUUGUUAUACAUGAAAUUGUAUAAUUUAUAUAACCUUACUUUGCUGUUUCAAUACAUUUAAGUGACCAAUCAUGUUUUUCAUUUUGAAUGAGUAGUACUGUAAUAGUGGUUAUUUACGCCAGGGUUAAGUAUGCGUUUUUUCACAUCCAACAUUACGAGUGGGGGGAAAAAUACGCGGCGAGUAAGUAUAAUUAUUUCAGAUAUUUAUAACCAUGCAUGGGGGAAAUUUAUGCGCAUUUUACGUGACCGCGUGUCGGUGUAAAUUUGCCCACACGUAAAUAAUCACUUUUACAGUAUUUGAUACCAUGUUUAUCAAUAAAUUCUAACAUGUGAAAAUUUUGUAAUUCACUAUGUAAUGUACUUCUACAAGUUGUGUUUAAUUUUUACUGUAUAUUUGCUGUGAUUCAAGCUUGUAUGUGAACUUGUUAAACCAUGUCCAGUGGUGAUUCUAUAUAUGCACUGGUA